CGGGUGCUCUUUUCAUUUACGGCAGGCAGCCCCAUUUGCGGCAGCGUGGGUGUUUCCGGGCGGGGCCGGUGCGCACGUGCAGGAAACAGUAGAGAAUGUCUUUUCGUGGAAGAGGAGGUGGAGGAGGAAGAGGAGGUGGCUUCAGCCGUGGAGGAGGUGGUGGUGACAGAGGUGGCUUUAACCGUGGCGGACGAGGUGGCUUUGGACGGGGAGGUGGAAGAGGAGGCUUCAACAGAGGAGGAUAUGACCAGGGCCCUCCAGAAAGGGUAGUUUUUUUGGGAGAGUUCAUGCAUCCCUGUGAAGAUGAUAUAGUUUGUAAAUGUAAAACGGAAGAAAACAAGGUGCCUUAUUUCAAUGCCCCAGUGUACCUGGAAAAUAAGGAGCAGAUUGGCAAAGUGGAUGAAAUAUUUGGACAGCUGAGAGACUUUUAUUUUUCAGUGAAACUGUCUGAGAACAUGAAAGCCUCUUCAUUUAAAAAAAUGCAAAAGUUUUACAUCGAUCCAGCAAAGCUGCUACCUCUUCAGAGAUUUUUGCCAAGGCCCCCAGGAGAAAAAGGUGCUCCCAGAGGAGGUGGUAGAGGAGGACGUGGUGGUGGACGUGGGGGAGGAAGAGGCGGUGGUAGAGGAGGAUUUGGAGGAGGCAGAGGUGGAGGAUUCAGAGGAGGAUUCAGAGGAGGUAGAGGAGGAGGAGGAGGAGGAUUCAGAGGAGGAAGAGGUGGUGGAGGAGGCUUUCGGGGAAGAGGACAUUAAAAGUGGAGCCAUGAGUAUCUCCUUCCUCGUUGUCUUAUCAUGUCAUCUGCAGAAGCGAAGAACCAUGGAAAAUUUUUGUAAAGGACCCUGGAAAUCUUUUUUGUAAAGAACUUGAAGCUACAAAUGACAGUUACUUUUACACUUAAUGACUAUUGAUGGACACAUGAGAAGAAUGUAGCCGCAGGUGAAGAGCUGAAGACUGCUCAGGAUAUGUGUAAACUUUUCUAACUAAGCCACCAUUUGCUAUUAUUCUUAAACUGCUUGUUUCCGACAAGCAGUGCAGUCAGUGCUUAACUCCAUGUUGGAGUUUGGAGUAAACAAUCAGUUGAAAUGGGUUUUCAAAAGACCCUGCAGGUUCACUGCAUGCACAUACUUCAGUGUGAACCUGUGCAUGACUGAUCCCUGGUUCUCAUCCUCAGUUUAUAUCAAAUCUUCUGGGAUGCUCUGAGAUGGAUAUGUCGUUUAAACAACCUUUGUGAACCUUUUUUUAUAAAUUAAAUUUCAAACUUUUGUGUUGGUUA